GAAGAAAGUUAGGGAUAGAAGUGACAAUGAUGUUGAAUGUGUGUUAGAGGGGUUUUUUUUUUUUUUUUUUGAAAAGGGGUCCUGACUUCAUUCCUCCCCCCUACUUCGUGCAGAGAUUGAGAAAAUGUCUUCAGAAGAAACAAUAAGUGUAGUAGGGAGUGAGGUGAUGCCCUUGGAGUAUGGUAGCAUGAACUUGGAGAGUAGUCCGUCUCCAUCUAGUUCAGAGAAAACGGUGGAGGGGGUGGUGGGGGUUGGGGGGGAUAGUGUACCCAUCAUUGUGGUCGAAGUAAAAGGUGGGAGAGAGAGGGGUUAUGAUAUAGAUGCAGACAUAGUGGAAGAGGUGAGGCAGUAUAAGUUUGAGCUCGGGACCAGGGAUAGCUUGGGAUAUUUGGUGGAGAGUUAUGAGAUCUCCUCUCGAGUGUUAAUUAGGCCAGCUGGGGUAGUGGAGAGGGCAUGUUCUACUCCUCGAGAUCAUUGGAUGCCCGUUUAUGCCCACUAUUUGGCAACGGGGCUUAGGUUUCCAAUUCCUGAGUUACUAGUAGAUUUGUUAUUAGAUUAUAGUAUAGGGUUGACACAGUUAGUCCCCAAUGCUAUGAUGGGGAUAGUAGGAAGGAUAAGGGGUGAUGAUACGGAGUGGGAGAGGGGGGAUACCGAGGUGGAGGAGUUAUCAUCCUGGAAGGCUAAAAGAGCCAACCAGAAUAAGUUUAGCUUAAAUGAGGAUGAGGAGGAAGAAGUGGGGAAGUUGGUGAGGAAAGGGGAGAAUUUAUUGAACAUCAUGGACCUUACCAGCGUAGAAUGCAUAGAAGUUGCUGAGCUCUAUGGGCCAAGCAAUUUAAGUGAAGUUGAAAUGGACAAAUUUUUGAACACUGCUGGAGGGGUGGCCAUUCCCAAGAAGCCAAGGAAGAAGUCAAAGACUUCAACCAAACAAGUGGAUGAGGGAGGAGUUGGAAAGGAGGUAGUGCCCAGCACUGCAGCUGGAGUGGAGGAGGAGGAGCCAGAGCUGCAGUUGAAGAGAAAAAGUAGGGAGGAGAGAGAGGCACUACAAAAGAAGAAGAAAGUGGCGAAGGCCCCCAGUUCCCUAUUCGAGGCGAAGAACAUGACGAGGGCUAGGAGGUUUAUCAACGCCACUUUCCCCGAAGUGGACAAGCAUCACACACGGGACGAGGCUUUGAGGAACUGUGGGGCUUCAGUAGUGAAGCAUGUUUUGGAGGAAUUCAUGGAGAGUGUGAAGGAGCGCUCCCUCUUGCAAAGGCAAUGUGACCAGCUGCAGAAAGGGAAGGAGGAGCUGGAGAAGAAGAAUAAGGAAUUGCAAGAGGCGCUAAACGAGGUGGUUCUAGCUGUGAAACAACUGGAGCAGGAGAGGGCUUCCCUGAGCACCAAGCUCGUCUUUGAGGAAAGCAAACGAAGGAUCUCUGAAAGCGAGCAUGAGGCUCAGGCGAAGGAAAUAACGCUGAUGAAUGAAGCGUACGUGGAGCUGAAGAAGAAUGUGCAGCUAUUGGUGCACAAUGGGAUGGAGGAGCACAUCAGCAACUUCAUCAGCUCCAGCUCGUUUGACAAUAUUGUCAACCUCUACCGGCUACCAACUGCCAUCAUCGCUUUCACAGACUGUAGAAAGAAGGUGAAGGCUGAAUAUCCCAAGGUGGAUAUUACAAAGAUUACCUUCGGUGAGCAAGAGGAGGGAGUGGAGGAAAAUGGUGAGAGCAUGUCAGUAGAUUUCUGUCCUCAGAUCAAAUUGAGGUGGGAACAUGAAGCAGACGGGCACACUGUUUUCCCUCCAAAUUUCGACUUUGAGUUCGUUGCAGUGGAGGAAGAAGAGGUAGGGGUAGAGGAAGACGAAGUGGAGGCAGGAGUGGAAAGAAUUGAAGUGGAUACGAACCAACCAGCUCCAGAAGUGGAGAUUCAUCCAGUUCCUUCUGAUGAUAAGCAGCCUCCUCUGCCGAACGAGCAGUAGCUAACACAGCCACCUCUUCCAGCUGAGCAUGAGCCAGUUCAGCCACCUCUUCCAGCGGAGGAAUAAUUUCUGUUUUUUAAUUUUUCUUUGAUAUUUUUAUUGUAAAGACAGUAAAACAGUUUGUAAUACUUUUAUUAUUUUGAAUGAAAAUUUUGUUUUGAAAUUACAUGUUGUGUUUGCUUUACGAUUUUGUUAUUUUAUAUUAAUAAAAGAACUGAGAUUAC